UGACAAAGUGACUAUUCCCCUCAAAAAACAUUCUGCUUUUGAUCCCAACGUUAUCGUAUUGGCACCCGCAGCUCAUCCUUUCAUUCCAUUCAGGUUUUUACCAUGACGACUCCCUGUCGAUUCUACGCGCUUGGAACCUGUCACCGCCGCGACUGUUCCUUUUUGCACGAUAGACAGUCUAUGGACAAGGCAGUGUGUGCUUAUUAUCAAAAGGGACAGUGUCGGUUUGGCAACUACUGUGCGCUUCAACAUGUAAAGGCGGGAUCGGGCUCGGUGACGUCAAAGUCCCACAGCUCGCAAACGUCCCAAGCAUCUACUAGUAGACCCUCACCCGUAGAAAGUAGUCCUACCACCGGAUCCUCUCGGAAACCAGCAACCGUUCCUUCGGCGGGAAAUCGGAGAACAUUUAUCCCGUCCUCUGCAGCAUUGGGAUUGGGAGCUGCAUCGAUAGUUGUACGUGGUGGCGAAACAUUGGUAGAAUCAAGAGAAAGCGUAGCGGGUGAAAAGAAACCGCACGGUGAAGAGAUACCAUUGGAAACCUCUUUGUGCGGCCUCUCUCUGUCAGCAGGCAGAAAGGGUGAUGUCCGUCAGGAACAGCCAUCAGCUGGCGGCUUCGGUGUGGAGGCCGAUGCCGUAUCUGGCUUUCGAUCAAGUCAACCAUGGCCGUCCGACUAUCCGCAAGAACAGUCGGAGGAUGACGAUGAUGCGGAGGAAUCAAAACUACCGAUGCGGCCAUCGUAUUCGAAUAUAGCGAAAGUGGGAGUACCCGCCAUGGGCUCAAGUGUUCCAAGUGCGAAUCCCGAUGACUCUGUUGUAAAAGUGGAUGAUACACCACUUUGCCCCUUUGCUAUGCAAGGGAUAUGUCGAUUUGGGGACGAGAAAUGUCGAUAUCGACAUGGACUGACUUGCCCAGUGUGCUUGAAACAAUGUCUGGAUCCGGAUGGCAGUGCGGAAGAGCAUGAAGCACAUAUGAUACUUUGUCACAGUAGAAUGGAGCAAAAAGAGCGGGUGAAUGAAGAUAUUGAUUGUGUAGUAUGCAUGGAGAGCGUGCAAACAAAAUCUGACUCGCGGUAUGGAUUGCUCAAUUGCGAUCACUGUGUGUGCUUAAGCUGCAUACGACAGUGGCGCAGCAAUCAGGGAAUGGAUACUUCAAAGUCCUGUCCAAUUUGCCGCACAAUUACCCAUUUUGUCACGCCGUCGUCCGUGUGGCCCCGGACACUUGAUGAGAAGAUGGCGAUUAUCGAGGAGUACAAACUAAAGCUAAGCACAAUUGAUUGCAAGCACUUUGACUUUGGUCAAGGCACAUGUCCAUUUGGCACUUCGUGCUUCUAUCGGCACGUUGGCCACGAUGGAGUAGCCGAGGAAAUAAAGUUGCGCAAAGUAAUAGGACAAGAAGAUGACCUGCGUAUCGUCAAUACUCCAAAACUUGCCGAUUUUCUGGAACUAUAUGAGAACCGCCGUUAACAACUCGUAGCAUAUGUAAAUAAUUUUUAGGCAAUUGUAGAUAAUCUAAUGCAGGCAGAUUCCUUCCUGUAGAUGAACCCAUCAAAGGGUUAUAAAUCUUACCUUAAUAUCACUACCUUUCUUCAAAUUUGGA